CCCAGCUGUAUUUGCGGUCUGUCAACGUCAAUGUUGCCGGACGUCAUUUACGUGCUGCAUGCUCUCUCAGUUCAGUCAAUAUUUUUUCGUGGAAAUGCAUGAGUUUUAGUAAAAGUUAUAAGUUAGAAGUAUCAUGAACGCAACAGUGUGACAGACUUUCGACAUCAGCUACUUAUUACCGAUGGAUAGUAUAGAUUUCUCAUAACCUUUAGUUUAUCAUAAAAAGUUUCAAGCAUAGUUUCCAAUUAUUAUUGCGCCUUAAUAGGUUAGGUUUACUGUGGUGUCGAUUACAAAAAAAUGACAUUGCCGGUUGAGAAUGGUUGUAUGAGCUAUGAAGGUAACGGUGAUUGUGGCAGCAGAAAGCCGUCGGUGAAGCAGGCAUAUGCAGAGGGGGGCAUAAAGGCGGGAGCUUCCCGCGUUGCGAGUAUAGCAUACAGCGUCCUCUCGCGGCGUAAGGCGGCGGAAGAGGGCGCUGCGAGGCUAGCCAGGGUUCUGUCAGCGCUCGACCUCACUGCCCUGGGUGUUGGCAGCACCCUGGGCGUGGGCGUCUACGUACUAGCUGGGGAUGUGGCCAAGAACUAUGCAGGACCAGCUGUGGUGCUAUCAUUCUUACUGGCCGCUGUGGCUAGCGUGUUUGCUGGUCUGUGCUAUGCAGAGUUCGGUGCCCGAGUCCCUAAGGCAGGGUCCGCCUAUGUAUACAGCUAUGUGUGUGUCGGAGAAUUCAUAGCUUUCAUCAUCGGUUGGAAUCUCAUACUAGAGUAUAUUAUAGGUGCGGCGUCAGUAGUGAAGGCUUUGAGCGAGUACUUGGACUCGUUGCUGGGCAAAGCGAUGUCCACGCACCUGCAGGCCGCGCUGCCGCUGGACUCGCCGCACCUGGCGCGCUACCCGGAUCUGUUCGCGUUCGCGGUCAUCAUGAUAUUCUCCGUGGCACUCGCGUUCGGUGUGAAAGAGUCGACGAAAUUCAACAAUUUCUGCACCGGCGUCAACCUGUGCGUCGUGCUGUUUGUCAUCAUUUCUGGUUCCUUCAAAGCUGACACGAAGAACUGGCGUAUCCCGGCGUCGGACGUGCCUAAAACUGAAAAGAAGGACUUCGGCGCGGGCGGGUUCGCUCCGUACGGAUUAGCGGGCAUCAUAAAAGGCGCUGCGGUUUGCUUCUACGGCUUUAUUGGUUUCGAUUGCGUGGCUACCGCGGGCGAGGAAGCGCGUCGUCCCCAGAAGACCAUACCCUUCGCGGUGGUCGCUUCUUUACUGGUGGUCUUUCUGGCGUAUUGUGGAGUAUCCUGUGUGCUUACACUCAUGGUGCCUUAUUACAUGCAGGAUGAAAAAGCACCUUUCCCCUUUGUAUACGACCAACUGGGUUGGCCGUGGGCUAAAUAUGCCGUCAGCGUGGGGGCGAUCUGUGCACUAUGCUCAAGUUUGCUGGGCGCUGUGUUUCCUUUACCCCGUAUAAUAUACGCGAUGGCGUCGGACGGGCUAUUGUUCCGGUUUCUGGGACAAGUCAGCGAGCGGUUCCAAACUCCACUGUAUGGAACCGUAUUGGCUGGACUAUUCACUGGUACACUGGCGAUGGUGUUUGAACUGGAACAACUGAUUCACAUGAUGUCUAUAGGCACUCUACUAGCUUACUCUAUGGUCGCCUCCUGUGUGCUACUGUUAAGAUACGAGCGCGGGCAUUCGACCCAUAAGCCAGUGGAGCCCCUGAACUUAUCCGUUCGUGGCGUUUUGAGGCAACUUGUGAAUGCUGACAAAUUGACUGCACCCUCCAGGCUUAGCUCCGCGCUAGUCACUGCGCUAGUCACCUUGUACGGCGUGUGGUGCAUGGUGUUGAUGGUGAUAGUGCAGAGAUAUGGUGCGUCCAUAUUGACAGGCGGGGCGGGCGCCAGUGCGGCGAUCGCUUCCGCUUCCGCUCUUGUUGUGGGCACUCUCUACGCUAUAUCUACGCAACCUGUGUCGGAUAAGAAGCUAGCGUUCUCGGUGCCUUUAGUACCGUGGCUGCCGGGUAUCAGCAUCCUUAUCAACGUAUACCUGAUGCUCAACCUGGACUAUAUGACGUGGGUUCGAUUCGCUGUCUGGAUUGCAGCAGGUUUAAUAAUCUACGCCACAUAUGGAGCUUGGAAUAGCUCAGAACGACGUCGAACCCCGGACGGCGUGCCUCUAGCCGAGCUCCACAGUAACAGUCACACUGCUCUAUUGAACCACGGGACCAACGGGAUCGCGCACGUGAUUGGCUGACAGCCGGCCAAUCAGAAUCCGGUCAGUCCCAGCGGCACUGUUAUCUCUUUCAUAUCCAGCAUAUAGUAGUUUAAGAUAAGUGAUAAGUCACAGGUUAAAAUUAAUAAAAUCUAUUUGUUUCUUAGGUUUUCACGCACAUCACUCAUUAAAUAAAACUAGUUUUUACGGGUUAAUUCACGAAACUUUAUUUAUUUAUUGA